AUGUUCUACUACAAUAUACGAUCACUUUCCUACAUUCUGAUUUCACUUAUACCUGUCGCUCUUCCGUGCCUUUCAAAUGGUAUAUGCGGUCCAGGUUUUGGUGGCAUUGGUGGAUUUGGUGGAUUUGGUGGACUUGAUGGUUGCCAUCCUCAAAUUCAACCGUUACAAGCAGCAACCUGCCAACCACCUUGCGGUCCAGGCUUUCGAUGCGGUCCAUAUGGUUGUACACAAUUACGAGCACGAGCUCGUGGCGCAAAUGUUUUCAAACCAGAUGUGGAAGACGAAGAAUCAAGAAGUCCUGAUGAAAUGUUCAUGGAUUGCUGUGAAAGUAAAGGAUUACCAAAAGCUUGCUUGCAAAAAUGUUCCAUGCGUGAUUACACGAAAGAUGCGUUGCUAAACAUGUAUUUUAAUCAUGAUCCUUGUCCAAUAUCGGCUGUUGCUGAAAUACAAUUUUGUGCUGCACAGGGACGUGAUCAUCGUCAAUGUUGCGCUAGAAAUGGAGUUGGAACAACAUUAGCCGGUGAAAAGUGUUUAAUAUUCUGUGAUCAACGUCCAGGCAAUGUCACACAACUGGAUUAUAGCUAUUUAAUUUGCUAUGAUCGUUUUGAGAGUAUUAAAAGCUGCUUCUGGCAUGAUAUGAUGGUGCAAGAUUCAUUGCAAGAAUUUUCCGAACAUUUUUAA